AUGUCAGUGAACAAACCUAAAAUUGAGAGUCGGGAAGACAAAGGUGUAAAAGAUUCUCAAGAUGGGGUCUUACUCACAACGUUUAUUUGGAACCGGCGGAAAGGAUACGAAUUGGAAACAGGGUUAGCAGGACUACGGAAUCCCACUUAUUUGGAGAAAGUAAAAGUGGCCCUGGUAGAAGAAAGAGAGAGGCUUUAUAUGCUUUUAAAACAAGUCUCGUUUCUAAAUCUGUAUCCAAGCCAUUCCAAUUUUAUACUUUGUGAGGUCACUGUUGGAAGAGAUGCUAAGAACCUAAAGAUUGUAGCCUCGGAAUCCAUACAAGACACUGGAGCAGUUACAAAAGAAGGCCCUAGGGUCUUGUUCAAUGCUUUAGCUGUGUUUGCUCUAAGGGAGAUCAACUUAUCAAAAGUAACCUUCUCAACAACAACAUUAUACUUAAGCAGGUGAGUAAUCAAGAUUAAGGGAGACUUGUAAUCAUGUUUGGC